CUAUAAUGCUUUUAUGUUAUUCUUUCUAAACAAAUUUUUAUUGAAUUUUUAUUUACCGUGGUAGUUUAUAACAUGGCUACAACAACGAAUCAAUGUCGAUGCUGACGACAACAUUUAGGUAUAUUUUGGAUGAUGGUCAUGCAAGCGAUUGUGAUAUAUAACGAAUUUAGGCAUCGUGCACGACAUCUUCCAAGAGCUCCUCAUACAAAUUGGAAUUCUGAAAGAGAAAUAACACUUACACGAAUGUUUGGCACGAGUGAUACAAUAUGUCGUGAUCUCCUUAUGAUGAAAAUAGGUUCAUUUCAAAGAUUAUGUGCUUGUUUGCGAACUUAUGGAUUGGUUGACAGUAAAUACGUUCAAAUUGAGGAACAAGUCGCAAUUUUUCUGAAUACUGUCGGGCAUGACCAACGUAAUCGCGCUGGACGUUUUACUUUCUUUCGCUCUGGUCAAACAGUGAGCUUUUACUUUCACAGAGUCUUACACGCUUGUCUUGGAUUGUAUAGAGAUGUUGUGAUUAAUGCCACUCCUCAUAACUCACCAUACGAAAAAGAAAAUGUGCAGCCAUGGUACUCCUUUUUUCAGGAUGCCGUAAGAGCAAUCGAUGGUACACAUAUAGCUACGUAUGUGCCUUUAGAGGAGCAAGGUAAAUAUCGCAAUAGAAAGCAAGUGAUUUCCCAAAAUGUUUUAGUAGCUUGCGCAUUUGAUAUGAAAUUUACAUACGUGCUUGCCGGUUGGGAGGGAUCCGCACAUGACGGUCGAUUGUUACGGAGUGCAAUAUUGCGCCAAGGACAUAAGCUAACAAUUCCUAUUGGUAAGUUGUGUCACUAUUUUGAAAAUAUUUCUUCCACGCAUAAGUUAUAAUUACCUAACUACCAUCUUAUGAACGACUCUUUCCUAGGUAAAUAUUACCUUGUUGACGCUGGCUU